AAUUAGUCUUCUCUAUGCACUACAAUGGACAAGGAUAUCUUACAGAUUUUUACUAAACUUCCAUACAGUGCCUGGUGGUGCUGCAAUUAACUUCAUGGGAUAGAUUAAAAUACUCAGAAUGAAAACCAGCACUUGUGCAGAAGCUCACAACUAGAGCAUCAGCUAUGGUGACAUUAGUAGAUCAUGAGUCUCGUUUAUACCAGUUUUUCCAAAAUUUCGGUGAACUCCUCAUUACUGCUAAUAUAUUGUCUUCGCUGCUUAAACAUUUGAUCAGUUUUAUUUCACGAAGUUGAUUUGGAAGUUUAGUUGGACUAUUUAAUCAGUUUCUUAGAAAGGAAAUUUGAUUUUUCUCUGAUAGGUAGCAGUAUUACAUUCACUGUACCCUUUAUGUUUCUUUUAUUGAAAUUUCUGUUUAUGGACAAUAUAUUAUCACAGCUUUUUCUAACUUAUCUAAGAAGCCAGGCUUUACUACCAUGAGUAAACUCGUGAACGCUCUCGUACACACUUGAGAGAAGUCUAGAGGAAGACAUCCUUAAAACCAUAUUUAGUAGCAAAGGAAAUGUUUUUAAAAGCUCCUCAUUUAUCAGAAAAAUAUUGUAUCAAUAGUGUUAAUAAAAUUAAUAAAAACCUGGUAUAUCGAGUUAAUAUUGCAACUGCCAUCUUUUUCAGUCAUGCCAGGCCAAGAGCACAAGUUCUAUGAGCAGCAUCCCACUUACCAACUAAUUCUCUUAAACUAUUAAUGCCUCUGACAGGUACAGAAGAGAGCAGAAGGAAAUCCAUAUUAAUUUCCUGCAUCAGAAUCCCACGUGCUGAUAUAUUCCACAUUCCCGAGUCUUCCAGCAGCAAAUGAAAAAUAUGUAUCUCUUCCUCCUUUCCAUUUUAUCUUUGCUUUUGAAAGUCAGUGGCACUAAAGAUGUUGUAUUUGGUCAUAAUAAUUUCACAGAAUAUCAAGUGGGCAACAUGAACCUGAUUCUCUCUGUCCCACAUGGUGGGUCAAUGGAACCUAAAGACAUCCCUGAUCGAGAGGCUGCCUGUUGGGAUGCGAAGUUAUCCUCCUGUAUUUUCUCUCAUGACUGUCCUCCUGGAAGUAUUCAAAAUUAUGAGAAAUGCAAAGUGUCUACCAACCAAGACAGGUAUACUAUAGAGGUGGCUCAGACUCUUGCUGAAGAAAUCAACAAUCUUACUGAUGGCUUCUUCCCACACAUCAUUAUAAACCACCUACAGAGGUUCAAGAUGGAUGCUAACAGGGAAAAGGAAGAAGCCUCCUUUGGAAUUCCCCAAGCAGAACAGGCCUGGGAGGACUAUAUGGGAUUUUUGACCACUGCAAAAUCACAGAUGUCAGGGGGCCUGAUUCUAGAUAUCCAUGGACAAGCACAUCCUGAAAGGUGGAUAGAACUAGGUUACACACUUUCAAAAUCUUCCCUUAACUCAGGUGUUUUUUCUGCAUCGUGUUCCUCAAUUAGCCAUCUGUCCAAACAGCUAGUCAAUGUGUCUUCUGAGACCUUGGUUUCAGGGAACAGAAGUUUGGGUAAAUAUAUUGAAGAACAAAAUAACAGUUAUGUUUGUGUGCCUUCUCCAUCCAAUCCUAGCCCAAAUAAUGGUAGCUAUUAUAGUGGUGGAUACAUAACAAAGACUUUUGGUUCCUGUAGUUCUGGCACCAUUGAUGCCAUUCAGCUUGAACUACCCCAGUGGGUGAGGGCAGCUGAAGAACGUCCCAGAUUUUGUAAAGCACUGGCAAGGGCUGUAAUGAAAUUCUGGCAAACUAACUACUGCAGCCAGUACAAGCAUGAAUUUCUGCCAUGCUGAAAGAGGUUGUGUUGUUAAGGUACCUUUCCUUAAUUCAGUAAUGAUCUGGAUUAAUAGAUCAACUCAUUCACCUGGAACAUUUAAGCCUGCAAUAUAAUUGUGGAUGCUGGUGGAAAGAAACUAACCUGCAAAGGAAUACAGAGACAUCGACAUAGAGAAAAUCCACAGCUGAUACCAACAAGUCCAUUAACACACAGCUUUGUACUAGAUCCAGCAUUGAAAAGACUACUAUAAGUGGGUAUAUUUUGAAGUAUUUCUGUGUUUAAUUUCUUUCCAGUGUCAUCCUCUAUUCUCUAGCACAUAAUAAACAACUAAUCCUCUAA